AUGCCCAGUCCCGUCCACUCGGAAAAGAGCGCCGCCGCACCAUGCACAAGCAGUGCAGCUCCGUCCACCAGGGCGAGCAGCAGCAGCCACAACGAACCACCGUCAAGACAAAGAUCACGGCCAACAAGCUAUAGCAUGCCGUUAGGGUUUGAUAGGCUUCUUCAUCACCUUCCAGCAUCAUCACCGCCUCCUCCCCCUCCACUACCACGGCAACCACGCCGCCCAUCCACACAGUCCCGCUACCACCUCCAUGUCCGCCAGCAGCCCGAAGCCGCGCGAGCAUGCGGCGCCGGCGACAGAGACCGCCGCCCCGUCGACCCGCCUCCGAUAGUGCAGAUCCUCCUAACAGACUUCGAUCCAGUCUCGCAAGACGAUCGCGAUAUCCUGCAAGACCCGCGAUUCACCGUAGGCUGUCUGCUCUUUCCCGUGUCGUCGUCUUCCCCAUGGGCGGAGCCCACCGACGCAGACCCAACACGCUCCAAGCGCAGUAGUAUCAGCGAAGGAGGCGACGGCGUCGCCCGUUCCGACGAUACCUUCUCCACGCCCUUGCUUUCCGGCAAAGCUUUCAUGUCCCCCUUCUACGUGGACGAAGACCCAGACCCGACAUCCGCACCAAUACACCCAUCAUAUUCCCCGUCCGGGGACAUCAUCUCCAGAAACACAAGCAGAAGAAGCACGCCAUCCUCCUUGUCACGGCCUCACAUCCACCCACCAGCAACAUUCUUCAUCUUCGCAGACCUCUCCAUCCGCUCGGCAGGCCUGUACCGGCUUCAAUUUCGGCUCAUGAACUGGGGCUCCGUCGAGGAUACGGGCCAGUCCAUGCCUAUUCUUGCGGAGGCGUGGUCGGAGCCGUUCCGCGUGUAUCCCGCAAAGGAUUUCCCGGGGAUGCAGGACUCGUCGAAUCUAGCAGAGGGGUUGAAAGCUCUUGGAUUUGUGGAGCUAAAGACGAGGGGGAAGGGGAAAGGGAAGGGGAGGAGGAAACCUUAUUGA